AGUUACUUUGAACCAAGCUUUAAAUUUUCAAAACAAAUUGGGAUUGAAACAAAAACUAAAUCCCAUGUCUGAGAGUAUAGAUGUGGAGGUUAUGGUGGUUGAUUUCUGGGCAAAUGGCUUUGGGAUGAGAGUGAGGAUUGCAUUACAGGAGAAGGGAAUCCACUAUGAAUUUAAAGAAGAAGAUCUCAGGAAUCCCCAGAAAAGCCCACUGGUUCUGAAGAUGAACCCAGUUCGGAAAUCUACCCCUAUUUUGAUCCACAAAGGAAGUCCCAUCUGUGAUUCUUUAGCCAUACUCGAAUACAUUGAUGAGACAUGGAAUGAGGGUUUCCCUCUCUUCCUUCCUAAGGAUCCAUAUGAGAAGGCCAAAGCAAGAUUUUGGGCUAAUUUCAUCGACGACAAGCUUUUUGGGUCUCAAACGAGGUUCUUGAAGAGCAAAGGUGAAGCUAAAGAAGCUGUUAAGAAGGAUUUUUUGGAGGAAUUGAAGCAGUUGGAAGGGGAACUGGGAGAUAAAACUUACUUUGGAGGGGAUAUGUUUGGGUUUUUGGAUAUUGUCCUCAUCCCUUACUCAAGCAUGUUUUAUGCGUACGAAAGGCAUGGGGACUACAAGAUGGAGGCUGAGUGCCCUAAACUGGCAUCUUGGGUGAAGAGAUGCAUCGAAAGAGAGAGUGUCUCUAAGACCCUCCCUGACCCAGUAGAGAUGUAUGAGUUUCAUAAGAAAUGGUAUGGGACCGAGUAA